AUGUCUUCGUCGCCACCACAUAGCAGCAACAAUGCUAACACUUUUAUGGGUGAUUCGCUUGAUAGGAAUUCAGAAUCCAUUUCUCAAAGUCAACAACAAUCAGUUGUACCUUCUUCACCAUUAUUUUUCAAUUCGUCAAACCCUGGUUCAGAUAUCGCCAAUUCACAAAAUAGAGGAAAUGAUAUGUCUUCACCUUUACACUAUACAUCGUCAGUUCAUCCUACUUCUGAAAUUGGUAACUUUAGUUCUCAAAGAGCUAAUAGAGUUCAUGAUGUUGAUAGAAUAAUGAGAAGACACCAAAGGAGUGAUAUAAAUGAUGCCGCUUCAUCACCACUGAGAAGAACUUUUGCACAGACACGUGGUAACAGGCAGGACUCUUCAUUAAGAUCAACUUCGUCUGCGUUCAACUCUGAUCUUGUUGAACCUGAUGAACCAACUAGAGUUAUUUGGGGUACCAAUGUAUCCAUUCAAGAAUGUUCCCUCAUCUUUAGAGAGUUUUUAUUGAGCUUCAAGUACAGGUACAGAAAAGAAGCCGAUCAACAAGAGGUUGAACCUGAGGAUCAUGAAUUGUACUAUGUAAGCAAGUUAAACACCAUUAGAGAAUUGGGACUAAACAAUCUCAACUUGGAUGCAAAGAAUUUAUUGUGUUACCCUCCUACCAGGAAAUUGUAUCAUCAGUUGAUCAAUUACCCACAAGAAAUCAUCCCAAUUAUGGAUCACACCAUUAAGGAUUGUUUGAUUCAAAUUAUUCAAGACAGUGAUGAAGAUGACAUUCCGGCAAAACUAGAUGAAGUUGAGACCAGAGUGUACACUAUCCGCCCUUACAAUAUCAACUUGGUGGAAAAAGGUAUGAGAGAAUUGAAUCCAAACGAUAUUGACAAAUUAGUCAGUGUCAAGGGUCUCACUCUACGUUCAACUCCAAUUAUUCCAGAUAUGAAGGUUGCAUUUUUCAAAUGUAAUGUAUGUGGUCACACAGUUGGAGUUGAAAUUGAUCGAGGUGUCAUUUCUGAACCCACAAAGUGUCCCAGGGAGGUUUGCGGUCAAUCAAAUUCAAUGGUUUUGAUUCACAACCGUUCUUCAUUUGCUGAUAAACAAGUUGUUAGAUUGCAAGAGACACCAGAUUUGGUUCCUGAUGGACAAACACCUCAUUCCAUUAACUUAUGUGUUUACGAUGAAUUGGUGGAUACUUGCCGUGCCGGUGAUCGUAUUGAAGUGUGUGGAAUAUUCCGGUCAUUGCCAGUUAGGGCCAAUUCAAGGCAACGUGCUUUAAAGAGUUUGUACAAGACGUAUUUAGAUAUUGUUCAUAUUAAAAAGAUUGACAAGAAACGUCUUGGUGCUGAUAUUACCACAUUGGAGAAUGAAUUAGCUGAAAAGGAUCAAGAUGUUGAGGAAACUAGAAAAAUUACCCCUGAGGAGGAGGCUCAAUUGAAAGAGAUUUCACAAAGGGAUGACCUAUAUGAAGUGUUGGCAAGGUCAUUGGCUCCAUCGAUCUAUGAAAUGGAUGAUGUGAAAAAGGGUAUUCUUUUGCAAUUAUUUGGUGGAACCAACAAGACCUUCAGAAAAGGUGGUAGAUAUAGAGGUGAUAUCAACAUCUUACUUUGUGGUGAUCCAUCAACUUCGAAGUCGCAGAUUUUACAAUACGUUCAUAAAAUUGCACCAAGAGGUGUUUACACUUCGGGUAAAGGUUCAUCAGCUGUUGGUUUGACAGCUUAUAUCACAAGAGAUGUUGACACUAAACAAUUGGUUUUGGAAAGUGGUGCUUUGGUGUUAUCUGAUGGUGGUGUUUGUUGUAUUGAUGAAUUUGAUAAGAUGAGUGAUUCCACUAGGUCGGUUUUGCAUGAAGUGAUGGAACAACAAACAAUCUCCAUUGCCAAAGCAGGUAUCAUCACUACGUUGAAUGCAAGAACCUCAAUUUUGGCUUCGGCGAAUCCAAUAAAUUCUCGUUAUGAUCCAAAUUUACCCGUCACCGCAAAUAUAGACUUGCCACCACCAUUAUUAUCACGUUUUGAUUUGGUUUAUUUGAUUUUGGAUAAAGUUGAUGAAAGGCUUGAUAGACAAUUAGCUAGACAUUUGACACAAAUGUAUUUGGAAGACGCGCCAGAUACAGUUACCAACAAUUAUGUGUUACCAGUUGAACAAUUGGCAUUAUAUAUUCAAUACGCCAAGGAGAAUUUCAAUCCAACAAUAACUGAAGAAGCCAAGAAUGAAUUGGUUCGAGCAUAUGUUGAAAUGAGGAAGUUAGGUGAAGAUGCUCGAUUAUCAGAAAAGAGAAUCACUGCAACUACUAGACAGUUGGAAUCUAUGAUUAGAUUGAGUGAAGCUCAUGCUAAGAUGAGAUUUUCCAAUAGAGUGCAACUAAUUGAUGUUAAGGAAGCAGUCAGGUUGAUUAAAUCAGCUAUCAAAGAUUAUGCUACUGAUCCAGUAACUGGUAGAAUUGAUAUGGAUAUGGUCCAGACUGGUACUACUUCGCAACAAAGACGUAUUAGGGAAGAUUUGGUCAAUGAAAUUUUGAAAAUCCUUGAUGAGAAUAACAACUUAAUAAGGUUUAAUGAUUUAACUAUGAAGCUUAAUGAACGAAGUUCAUUUAGGAUUGAGAAUCUGGAUAUCAGUGAUGGAUUAAAGAGGUUACAACAAGAGGGAAAGAUAAUUGAAACUGGUGAAAAUCAUAGAAGAACCAUCAAAAAGAUUGCCGUGAUUUAA